GCACUGGUCUAGUAUUGGAGUAAAGUAGCUUAUCCAUAGUUGACUGGAGUCUUGAUCACCCCCAUUUCAAGGAUCGAUGUAGGAGCUGCAAUGGCAAAGUGGUUGAAAGAUUAUCUAAGUUUUGGAAGCAGGAGGUCUCCACCACAGCCUCCCAAACCAGACUAUACAGAAAGUGAGAUAUUAAGGGCAUACAGAGCGCAGAAGAGUCUGGAUUUUGAAGACCCCUAUGAGGAAAGGGAUCCAGAAAUGGUUCGUCCAGGAUCCCCUGGCAGGCUGGGUGCACACCAGAUGAAUAUCAUAUCCCCCAGACACAGACUCAUAAAGGUAGAACCAGCAGAAAAUGGCCGAAGUAGGAGGACGCGACUGGGUGCAGCAGCAGCAGAAGAUGAGGAUGCAUCUGGAAAGAUAACUGCUAGCAGUGAGUAUUCUGAUCCAUUUGAUGUGAAAAAUGAAAAACAUUUCAACAGUGAUGAACCAGACAACACUAGUUACAUGGAACCAUAUGAGAUUCAGAAAACAUCUAAAGCUUGUGUGCACUGGGUAGGUGAAAAGUUAUCACAGAAAGGGGUGCAACUGUACGACUCCCCGUAUGAAGAACGUUGUCGAAGGUCUCCGCGAGAUAGUCGACAACCCCCAGAAGAUGAAAGACCAGCAGACGAAUAUGAUCAGCCUUGGGAGUGGAAAAAAGAUGACAUAAAUCGAGCAUUUGCAGUGCAGUUUGAAGGUUCAGACUGGAGACGGAAUUCCCCUCAGAGAGAGAGACUUAUCCAGCACAACCCCAGGAGCCCAGGACCCCUAAGACAACCUAGCCACUCCCCCAACACAGAAUCUGUGGACUCUUCAGGAGAAUAUGGAACACCUCUUAAAGAAUGUGCAACUCCACCAGGAGGCCAUUGGGUCCCUAAUCUGCCUGUCCACAAACAGGAGUGGUUCCAUGGAACCAUGAACUGCACAGAUGCUGAGAUUCGAUUGUAUGACAGUGAACCAGGUGGCUUCCUAUUGCGUAGAGAGUGUGAGAGCGAGUAUUACCUGUCACUCAGGGGCUGCAACAGCAUACUUCAUGUCAAGAUUACACGCUCACAAGAUGGCGGAUUCAUGCUGGGGGAAAGUGGCCCAUCUUUUCCCUGUGUUCCAGAACUUGUCCAGUAUUACAGUCAACAUUUGCUACCCAUUCCUGGAGGAGGACAAUUGUCCCUGCAGCAACCAGUGCCUGCAGUGAUGCGGUGACAGUGACAAAGUGGCUGUCCGAAGCUGAUGAUUAGAUCACGUGAUGAAAUUGUGAUGCUUGAGCCAAUUACAAUGUGUGUUACUGGAGUGUUGGUGAAUGGACCUGAUAAUCAUUUGGCGGCAUAAUAUGCCUUCAUGUAUGAUGUACUAAAACAUGUUGAGACAUAGCACAAUGGAACGGCGACAAUGUCCUCUGUCAUUGGUUGCCACUACUAUGUACUGAACUUGGACGUGCAUUGGUUAUAUCAAUACUCUAAAUCAGUGUUUCUGAACUCCAUUCCUCAGGUACAGGUACCAGUAACAGGCCAUAUUUUCAUGAUCUCUUAAAGAUACAGUAAACUUGUAUUUUUGGUACACUUUUUAACCAGCGUAUCUUAAAGUGACAGUAUACACCAAUUUUCACACUGCAUGUAAUAGACACUACUAUAAAGAAGAAUAUUCACAGAUAUUAAUCUGAAAAUCCGGUAUAAAACCUUUUAAAAACUUACUUAGAAGCUCCCCAUUUAGCACUACUGUAAAUAUAUAAAAAUAUAUAUAUAUGAACUGGGUGCGCCUGGCUGAUAUUAAAGUGCAGGAAUGAUAUACAAUAUGCACAUAUGAACAAAGUGAACAAUGCAUCGUGCAAAAUAGCUGAAUUGAAUAUAAACAUCAUAAUUAAAUAUAAAUAGCUCAAUUAGUAAUUCCAGCAAAAUAGUGUACUAAAAAGCCUUCUGAAUGAAGGAAUAAACAACCGUGUGAACGAAACAAACAAAAAAAUAACAGAAUUGAUAUCCUCAAUGGACAAGAAACAUUCAAGUCCUCCUAUGUACCAAAAUGGCGGUAUAGCGGUGUAACACAAGGUAGAACGUCCUUCUCUUUUGGGACACUUGUGGCUGCUAGCUCCUUCCCAGGCUCAGUGUGGCAACUGAGUAAUGAUAACUGUAUCAAGGAAAGAAAAAAAGAGAAGCUCCGCAAUAGUGCAGAUCAAAAUGGACAACAAAGUCUCCAAACAAUAUGUACAGGAUACUCACAAUGUGGUAAGCACUAGAUUGUGCGAGUCACGCCUCCUGAACACUUCCGAGCCAUUCAAUUAGCUCAACAUAGGCACAAGCUGCUGCGUUCCUCCUCCGGAUGCGGGUCUGC